AUGAAGCACAGCCAACACACGAGCUGGCUGAGCCUUUGCUCCGAAGGCAAUGAUACCUACCUGGUGAUCUCUGACCACCUUGAUAUCACCACAACUCAAAUUCCUGAGCUGGAUUCCCAAAGACCAAGCCUCUUUGUGCCAAUUGGCAAUAGGGCGAAAACGGUCACUCUGCGCGAGCUCUUCGGAGCAAAGAGAAACCAACGGCUUCUUACGAAGCGGGUCCCAGGCAAAAUACACCUCCAUGUUGAAGCAUGCAGUAUCUUCAACCAAAGGCCUCUACUCAUUGCCGAUAGUGAUAUCCCAACAAACACUUUGAGGGCUAAAAUCCCUUCCACUAAGUGUCAUGAAACCACGAAACAGAUAGUCCAGAAACCGGCCUCAUUCGGCGAGAUUUCCAGUAUCAACUACUCUCAGUUGCUUCAACCGUUUGUGAACGUGUUCUGUUUUUUCUCAGAUGACCUAGGUGGUUUCAAGAACAUUGCGCAUCAUCUUGCUACGUGGCUUGAGCUAGUCCAAGAGUCGACAAUUCCCAGGAGUACUCGCAUAUGGGAGGUCAUAGUGACCGAGAAAAUCCCCACAGGCGUGGAAAAUGAGAAAGAGGCAAGAAAGGUCUUUCUAUGGCUUCCGAGCGCGGAAACGAAAAGGGACCUCUUUGAGCAGGUCUCGGCAAUUGAUAUGAUUGAACUUUUCUCGGCCGGCGCACUCUCUGUCAAUGCUUGCCAUAGACUGCUCAAGGAACGUAUCAUGAGUGGAUCAGACCAAGUGCGAAAGGAUAGGGAGCUAUCUAGGUGUCAUUUUUCUGCGACUCACUUUGCUGCAUUCCUUGCGAGUGCUUGUGAGCACUUUUCUUGGGUUACUAACGAGCCGUUCGACUUUAUCAAGGCUUCCCGAGAGGACAAUCCAGCACCGCAAGACUUGGAUGAGCAUUUAGCUAACCUGCUGAAGCAUAUUAGAAAUCCUCGAGAUCUCGCCGCAUUUGCAGCUCUUGCUAUCGCAUUUAAUCUUUUGCUGGAUAGCUACCCUCCUCAUUCACGUUGUGGAUUAGAACGCCAUACCCAGUAUGGAAACGUCUAG